CUUUUCCGCCUUGGCAGUUAAAUUGCCCUAAAUACCGCGUGUAGCCUGGGCCCCAAAUUAUAUCGGAGCGGGUUCGCUUUCUCCCAGAACGAACUCGGAUCACUCGCUGUUUAGGUGCCCGAGGCCGGAAUCGGACUACAUUUCCCGUCAUCACGAGCGGCCCAAGCCCCGCCUCCCCGGGCAAGUUUCGUCUGAGCGGACGGUGGCCAGAGAGGGACAAUCGUUUCCAUGUCACCGGGCAAACGCUCAGCUCCCGGCAGAGCUUGUGUAGUAAAGAGUGUGCCGAGUGCGGUGAAGCGAGGAGGCAGCCGAGAGAGCCAGGACCGGCACAGCACUAGCCAUGAGGCGCCGGGGCCUAGUGGCUGGACCAAACUUUGAGUAUUUCCAGCGUCGCUUUUUCACGCCGGCGGAGGUAGCUGAACAUAACCAGUCCGACGACCUUUGGGUAUCUUACCUGGGUUAUGUGUACAACCUAACGCCGCUAGCAGAGGAGUUCAAGGGGAACCUGCUGCUGAAACCCAUCGUGGAAGUUGCAGGCCAGGACAUCAGCCACUGGUUUGAUCCAACGACCAAAGACAUCCGAAAGCACAUCGAUCCGCUGACGGGUUGUCUGAAGUACCGCACCCCUCGGGGCCGCUUCGUGCACGUCCCGCCGCAGCUGCCCCGUUCCGACUGGGCCAAUGAUUUCGGAAAACCCUGGUGGAAGAGGACUGAUUACCAGGUGGGGCGGCUGUCCCCCAAAACCCGGACCAUCCGCAUAAUCAACACGCUCACGUCGCAGGAGCACACCCUGGAGGUGGGGGCUCUGGAGUCAAUGUGGGAAAUACUACACCGCUAUCUCCCCUAUAAUGCACAUGCUGCCAGCUAUACGUGGAAAUAUGACGGGAAGAUCCUGAUCAUGGAUCGUACCCUGGAAGAGAAUGGGAUCGAGGAUGAGGAGGAAGAAUUUGAUCUUCUCAAUAUGGAUGGUACACUCCAUACACCCGCAAUACUGCUCUACUUCAAUGAUGAUCUCACAGAGCUAUAGGAAAGGAGAUGUAUGCUCAUGUAGACUCAAGACAUAUUUUGAGUUUGCGUUUUUUUAUGUUUGGAGGUAAAGGGGGGUGGGGGGUAAUGGGUGCCUGGACCCAGAACUCCAUUCCUCUCUGGGAACUGGCCUUUGGUUCCCAUGUUCUUCUGAAGUAUUAAGGAUUGUAUUUGCUAGCUCCUUUAUGAUUUGCUUUGUGAAAAUUAGGGAGAAACCUAGAAGUGAAUUAAUUGAUAGUUAGGAAUGAUAUGAGGAGACUGCAUCUUGGAUUAGGGAUAUGUAGAGGAAGAGUCAAUGGAGUUCAGACAUAAUCUUUUUGAUGGAAAAACAAAGAGAUGCACAAGGAUGGGGAAUAGAACAUCUUUGGCAAUGUAGGAAAUGGGAUGGCUGUAGGAGUGUAGGACUUCAAAAGACAGGAGGAGGAAACUAUUGUUAUUGGUCAUAUAAAACUGAUUUAUCUCCCUUCUAGAAGAGAAUUUAGAAGCUGAAAUUCAAGAGAAAGGAAGUGAAUAGUUUCCAGACAACUCAGGCCAGAUAUGCUGAGAGUUAUCUGAUAAUUCAGGAUAGAUAUGCUGGGAGUUUUAAGUACCCUCUUUAUUACAACUACCCCUCAAAGCAAAUACUAUUAACAGUUUUUUCAGAUAAGUCUUUUGAAACCUCAUUACAGGAGGACAAAGGCACAGCAAUUAGUAAUCAUAAGAGCCAGAUGCAAAUCCAAAUCAUUCCAAUGCUGAAGACCAUGUGUUCAUUUUAGUGUAAACCAACUGUGUCUAACAUCCAGCUAACAUCUGUCAGAACUUGUUCUGAGAACAAGUAUUCACAAUGCAGGUUUGUCAUAGGCUUGUUGCACAAUGGGAAAUGGUAGACUCACUGUGAAGUCAAUAGUUAUUGUGUUAGGAGGGAGUUUAGUUAGCAUUGUACUCCAGGGUCAAAGUGGAAGCAAGGGAAGGCAAAGUGGCAGCCAAGCAAUAGCUAUCGAUGUUGCUUCCUUGUUAAUCCCACAGCAAGAUUUCCCCACUGACUUCUUUGAGACAGAGUUGAAUAUUUACUGACUCCAAGAAAAACUAGAGUGGGAAAAAGGUCUAUGAUUUGGUAUAUACUUUUAACCUUAGAAGGGGAAGGCAAUUGAGAUAACCAGCAGGUGAGCCUCCUAGAAGCAGCAGGCAAAGAUAAAGCAGGGAGGGCUUAGAGCAUCUUCCUGGUCAGGGUUCCAGACCCCAGCACAGGGGAAGAUGUUAUCCUUGAGCCUCUAUGUGGCCUGCAUAGGAGUUUUCUGAGGGUCUGACUAUUGGAAGCAUGAACCAAGGUAGGGAUAUCCUUCCUUCAGCAGCUUCUGAAUUCAUGGUGGCUUUCCAUCUCAUCCCAUGGAAUUCAGGGAUUCAUGAAUUAUAUGGAUCAAACAGUUUAGUCAGCUCAUCAGUGCCUUUCUGUAUACCUAGUUUGUCCAACUAAAACUAAAACCCUGUACAAUUUGAGAACCAAAACUAUUAUUGUUCUCCUACCAGCCUCAGAGCCUACUGUAACUUUGGGAUGUGCUCAUUCUGCCCAUCUGUCCAAACUUGUCCCCUUUCCAGAAUCUACUUUAGAACUUCUUGCCCAAAUCAUAUCCAUUUCCUCUCAUACCCAGACACCUACAAGUAGGUUCUAAAUAGCUUUGUAAUCCACCUUCUUUUCUCCAAGUAACUAUCACUUGUCUAGACUGCUGAGGAAACUCCUAUCCUGGCCUUCCAUUUCUGCUUCUUCCUCCACACACUACUAGCAGAAUGAUUUCUAGGAAGCAAAUCUAAAACUCUUCCUUUCCUGUCUCAAAUUCUUCAGUAGCUUCUACUUGUUUUUGGACUAAAACCCUAAUUUCAAAGACCUUGCAUAUGUCAUUUCAUCACAUUCCUCUUUUCCUGUGCUCCAGUCAUUCUGGCUGGCUUUCAAAUUGUGAGUUCAUUCUUGCCUCAGAAUCUUCACAAAUUCUCUUUCUGAUCACCAUUUUCUUCCUCCCACUUUCCACCUAGCUAAUCCUAAGCGUUUCUUUGUUCCUCAAACUUUUCUGAUUUCUUGGCAUAGUCCAAGAUUAUCUUAACACUAUGCAUUUUGCAGUGUUCUAAUCACUACUGUAACUGUACAGAUUUUACUGGUCAGCUGAAUGCUAGAUUGUAAGUUCAUGAAGGUAGAUAUAUCACUGCUAUAUUCCUACUGCAGGGCACAUAGUUGCAGCUCAAUAAAUUUUGAUUGAAUGAAUUCUGA